AUGAUUGUCGACCGAACAUCAGCGAAGCUCGGCUCUCCAACCGAGUUGGUACUUGGCAUCGACGCAGACCAUUCCGGUAUAUGCAAAUUCUCUAGUCGCGAUAGUGCAGACUUCAUAUUGGUGGCGCGCCAUAUUCAGUCCUUCGCCAACAAGGCACUAGGCAUGGCAGACAGCGACCGAAAUCCACGUGAUUUAUCCUCUCUCGGCAGCAUUCGACUUCUGGGAGAUCUUAGGAGGGACGAGGGCAGAUUAUCUGAAGCAGUAGACAUUUUUCGAAGAGCAUUGGAUAUUUGCGAGGUGUCUUUUGGUCCGAGUGAUCCGGAAACCAGGAGAGCUCUCCUAGACCUAGCUUGGGUUCUAGAGACAGAGACCAAAUAUGCCGAAGCAGAGCGUCUCUGCCGACGGGCGCUUGCCGCCGAGGAAGCCGUACCAAAUUUAAUUAACAAGAAAACACUAUUGGACACCAUCGGAAUCCUGGGACUCGUCCUCUGGAGACAGGAGAAUUACGCAGAGGCUGAACAAAUGAACCGACAGGCGGUGGAAAUCAGCAAGGUCCUUCAUGGACCUGAAAGCACAGCGACCUUGAAUUACUACUCAACCUUGGCAAGAGUGCUUGAAGAUUCUCAGAAGUUGCAAGAGGAAGAAACGAUUUUGAGGCAAGCUAGAGACAUUUCAGAGGCGCAGCAGGGCCCAGAGAUGCAGGACCCCCUGCAAUGGACGAGAAGGCUUGCGAGAAAUCUUCGGAUGCAGGGUCAAUAUAGCGAGGCGAUGGCCAUUUACGGGACAGUGAUAGAUCCUACAACAAGCGCAACCAGCCCGGACCAAGAAGAGACCCUGAACAUUCAGAGUGGGAUUGCCCGAGUACUCCAGGACCAGGGCCGGCAUAGCGAGGCGACCGAGUUGUGGAACCAAGUGUGGUCAGAAAGGACUCGAAUAUUCGGGCCAGAACAACCCUCUACCCUGGAAGCCCUCACCGACUUGGCUUCGUCUUUGGAGCGUCAAGGGGAAUACAUAAGGGCAGAAGAACUCCACCGCCGUGCAUUAGAUGCAAGUUAUAGAGUUCUUGGGACCGAUAACGAAAGCACGCUUGUGCGUGUAUACUUCCUCGCCGGGGUCUGUCGACGCCAAAAUAAAUACACAGAGGCAGAGACGAUGUACCGACGAGCCUUGGAGAUGAGCCGGAGGAUACUGGGAUCUAGGCAUCAGUUUACAAUAAACUGUGUCAAUUUUCUUGCGCAAAUGCUCCGCAGGCAGGGAAACAAUGCAGAAGCAGGAGAAGUUUUACAUCAGUUUAUCCAGGUAAGACUCGAAGUGCUUGGUUCACACCUACUGUAG